UAUCUAAUGGAAGUCGAAUCAAUUUUAGAAGGAACAACAGGGAAUGAACGUGGAGGGUUGUUAAUUCGUAAAAAAGAAAAUAAAGAGGAAGAUGACAAGAAUUUCAAAAAGCCUUCAAUUCUUGGAUUGGAUAAAUUGGCAAAAUCAAAACGAGAAUUAACUACAAAUUUACGUAAAAGACAAGUUAUUGAUGAAGAGAAAGGGAAUGAGACACCUGGAUUGUCUGAAAGUGUUCGAGAAGAAAUUAAAAGAUAUGUCAAAGAAAAAUAUAAAGGAAUUGACCAUAGAGGUAUAGAAGCUGAUACAAAAAAUAAAAGAGAGGAAAGAAGAUCUGGAAAGGAUUAUUAUGACAAACGUUAUAAAAGGGAAAGAAGAGAAGAAAAACAAAAAUAUUCUUUUAGAGAUGUUGAAACUCCUAAAUUUAAGCUUCCAAAUACCCCUUCCUGUUCAACUUGGGAAGAAGACGAUCUUUCAAUAAAUAAAUCUGCAAAAAGAAGCGGUUGGGAUUUUGAAACGCCUAAAGAAUUGAAGGAAAGAAAAUAUGGAGAUUCUGAAAGAAAUAUUGAAAGCAUAUUAAAAUCACAAAGAGAAAGACAGAAAGAGGAUUAUAAAAAGAGACAUCACCGUUAUCGUUAUGGGGACACGAAGCCAAAGUAUGACGAAUUACCUCAUUUCCAAAACGAAAGUGAACGCAAACAAUGGGAAAAUGAGCAAUAUAUGUUGGAUAGAGAAUGGUAUGAAAGUGAUCAAGGCUUUAACGAUGAAUUUAAUCCUUUUGCACACAUUUCACAAGAAUAUGUCGAUAAAAGAGAAAAACAAAUGGAACAAACUAGACAAAAACCUAGAUUAACACUAAAACAGCAACAAAUAAAAAAAGAAAAUGAAAUGUGGGAAAAUAAUAGAUUGGCACGUUCAGGUGUUGUAAUAAAUUCUGAAGAAUACGACACUGUUUUCGACAACGAAACAGAUGAAAAUCGUGUUUCUCUUCUUGUACAUAAUAUUAUACCUCCAUUUUUGGAUGGAAGAAUAGCCUAUACUUGUCAAACAAUGCCUGUUAUUCCUGUAAAAGAUGUUACUUCAGAUUUGGCAAUAACAGCGAGUAAAGGAAGCAAACAAGUAAAAUAUUUUAGAGAACAACAAGAAAAGUUAAAAGCACAAGAAAAACAUUGGGAAUUGGCAGGAACUCGUAUUGGUGAAAUUAUGGGAGUUAAAGCUAAAGAAGAACAAGAACCAACAGAAUCUACUAAUUAUAAAGAAUCCCAACAAUUCGCUUCUCAUUUAAAAGAAUCUGAAGCUGUGUCGAUUUUCGCAAUGGAAAAAUCAGUAAAAGAGCAAAGAGAAUAUUUACCAGUAUUUGCUGUUCGUCAAAAACUUUUACAAGUAAUUAGAGAAAAUUCUGUUGUAAUUGUUGUUGGUGAAACUGGAAGUGGAAAAACAACACAAUUAACACAAUAUUUAGUGGAAGAUGGUUAUGGAAAGAUUGGAGGAGGAAUUAUUGGAUGUACUCAACCUAGAAGAGUUGCUGCAAUGUCUGUUGCUAAAAGAGUUGCUGAAGAAAUGGGUGUUGAACUUGGACAGGAAUGUGGAUAUGCAAUUCGAUUUGAAGAUUGUACUUCUGACAAAACCAUUAUAAAGUACAUGACAGACGGUAUUUUGCUAAGAGAAUGUCUUGGAGAUCCCGAUUUGGACUCAUAUUCUGCUAUAAUUAUGGAUGAGGCACACGAACGGUCAUUAAAUACAGGUUAUUCGAUUGUUGUUUUUUACAAGUUGACCUUAGUAUUUAGUUCACCCGGUAGUGAGUGUGCUCAAUUUAGGCGCGUUCAUUUAAGUAGUUAAGACUGUCCAUUAGAUGUGCGUAAUAAAUGCGUAUCCCCGUUCCCCGAAAUACCCCCUGGCUACGCCCUUGGUGCGGUCAUGCUUAAACGCUACCUCCAAUUUUAGGUUCAUUUCAGUUCUUCAUUUCCAGAAUGUUGUAAAAUCGAGUUCGAUUAUAAUUAUUUUUAGAUGUUCUUUUUGGACUGCUCAGGGAUGUUGU